UAGUCAAGUAGGCCUAGCUGUCUUUUUCUAUUCCCGUUCUUGUUUUUCCUAUCUUGAAUUAUGCGUAGCUACAGGUCAAGUCUGUGUAAUAGAUAGUCGAUUCAAAACAGCACUGUUGCUUUAAUGAGUUGUUUAGAUAGACAGUUAAAGAUAUUGAAUGUACCAACUCAUAAUUUAGAUUAUAGGCCUAUAGAAUCUGUGUCAAUAAUAACGACGUUCUAUGCUAUUUUGUUGUGUUUGUAAAUCUUGACAAUGUAAUUUGUAAUCUUACAGUGUAAUAUGUUCCGCAUUUUCAAGUCUGAUUCUAUUGAAGAAAAAACAUACAGGCUUGUUGUUUUAUAUAUUACAGGGAAUAAAAUGCAGAGUUGUCUUUGUGGGAGUGUACAAUUACAGACAGCACUUUAGAAACAAAAGCAAUAUGAUUCACAUUACCUGAAAAAAAAAAGUUCUUAAGACCUCUAAACUCUAGAUAAAUAUUGUGUAAACUAAACAAAUCAAAUGAGUUGCCAGUUCAUGAAUACACGAGGGACAAACUAACAUCAGGAAAUAAAAAUGAGGAACUUUUAGAGGCGGUUUCAACUCAACUGUUCAACUGUUAAUUCUAAUCUGCACGUUUGUUAAUUCUUGUACGAUAUAAUAUGCAUUAUAACACUUAUUUAGCUGAUUGCCUAUGUUCAUCUGUGUUCUUCUAUCCAUGCUUUUCUGUACAGUGCAUACCCUCUUAAUGCACAGGGACCCCAAUCUAAUGGGAGACCCCUGUGUUCAGAUCUUCGAGCAGCCAAAACAGCGAGGCAUGCGCUUCAGGUACAAAUGCGAGGGUCGUUCAGCGGGCAGCAUACCUGGAGAAAGAAGCUCAGACAAUAACAGAACCUACCCAAGCAUUCAGAUUCUAAAUGUUACAGUGAAAGGAAAAGUACGUGUUACCCUGGUGACCAAAAGUGACCCAUAUAAACCUCAUCCCCAUGACUUGGUGGGUAAGGACUGCAAGGAUGGUUAUUACGAGGUAGAGUUUGGACCUGAACGAAGAGUCAUCGCGUUUCAGAACCUGGGCAUCCAGUGUGUGCGAAGAAGAGAAGUGAGAGAUGCCAUAAUGCAGAGGAUUACGCGAAGAAUCAACCCAUUCAAUGUUCCCCGAGACCAGCUGCUGCAGACUGAGGAAUAUGAUCUGAAUGUGGUGCGUCUUUGCUUUCAAGUUUUCCUGCAAGAUGAGACCGGGAUGUACAACACCGCGCUGCCUCCCAUCGUCUCCAACCCCAUCUAUGACAACAGGGCCCCAAAUACAGCCGAACUGCGAAUCUGCCGGGUGAACAAGAACAGCGGCAGUGUGAAGGGAGGUGAUGAGAUUUUCCUCCUCUGCGAUAAAGUGCAGAAAGAUGACAUUGAGGUGAGGUUCUUCACUCAGACCUGGGAGGCCAAAGGCUUAUUCUCUCAGGCAGACGUACACAGGCAAGUGGCCAUAGUGUUCAAGACACCCGCCUACUGUGACACCACCAUCACAGCCCCUGUCACAGUGCGCAUGCAGCUGCGUCGACCCACAGACCAGGAGGUCAGUGAGGCCAUGGAGUUCCGCUAUCUGCCUGAUGACAAAGAUCCAUAUGGCUGUCAAGAGAAGAAACGUAAAAUUGAAAGCCAGAUGAAAUCCUUCUCUGGCUUCUCCCAAGGAACCAUGAACUUCAUUAACAGACCAAAAGCAGUGGCUUCGGCAAGUUUGAUGAAUCAGAGAAUUAAAAUGGAGCCUACAAAUUAUUAUCCUCCAUCAAAUCGAGGCGUGAUGCGCCAAAAUCCAACAGGCUUUUAUAAUAAAGCCCCUCCGUCCUGCCCCAUGAUGCCACCCCUAACAGAAACCCCACCAUCAGGAACACACAGUCAAGCAUGGUCCAGUCCAAUCGCCAACACCACCAAUAAUGGAGUGGUCCUACAACAGGUGAACCCAAGUCCCAGCAUGCCCACCACAGGGGAAAGUGGAAACAGCCUUCCUCAACUGACAGAUAGGGAUCUGGAGUUUCUUCAACAGCCUCGACAGGACCAGCAGAACCAGCAGGUCCAGCAAUCCCAACAGCCACCUCAAAGGCAAGGACUAGAAGGAGCCCAUAACUGGUAUAACUUUGGGCAGCAACAGCCUCAAAACACCCAGAAUGGGGCAACAGGCUCCAGUGGCUUCUUGUAUACAGGCAACAUAGAAGAUGAUAUAUUUCAAAACCUCAUCAGCAAUCAUCAGCCAGUCCUACCAAUGAAACAAGAAGCUCAAGGUUCGAGCAACAUGGCUGUGCUGGGGCCCAGCUCGGACUGUGUGCCGUCCUUCACCGCGCUCUUGAACUCCACCUCCCCCAAUGGAAGUACCGCAGAGACCAUGAGACAAAUGGAAGCUGGUGGGCCCAAUCAGAGGGUCUCGCAGAUUUCCUACCCUGCCAGCAUCAUGGGGCAGGAGAGCAAUCUUGAUUCUUUUCCCUGGCAGUACUUCCCCGAAUAGAGUUGAAUCCCAUAAGUCUUCAAGAUUUUGUUCUUUAAAUGUAGGCUCUGAUUCAUGUUCACUGAAUGUAUUUUCUGAAAAUCAGAAGGGCUAGUUGUCCUGGAAAUACUGUAAGAUGCUGCCACCAAUUAGGUAAAGCAGUGAGAUUUUAUUAAAUGUUUAUGUACAUAACAGUCUGAUGGUCAUGUUGGAGACGUUUGGGACCUUGAGUCCACAAAUGCUCAAUUAUGACAGGUUAAUUGUGUUCCUUAAAGUGGGAACUAGCAGGGAAUUGUCCCUGGGUAAUGGCUAUGUCAUUUUAAACAUGCUUCUUAUCCAAGGUUCUCAAAUGUGCUGUUCAAACAAGGGUUUUCUUUGGUUACUCAAAAGUGAUAUUAUGGCUUUAGAAAACUUGUUCGAUUUUUACUUUAUUCAACAUACACAAGCUUUUACAUUGCAUUUUCUAUAGGCAAGUUUUUGUAUUUUUAUAAAAUGAAAGUUUAUACUACUGGACAUGGAUUUUUCCGAUUUCAUGUAUGUAAUGUUUGAUACAUUCUGAGCUGUUUUGU